UUUUGCGUUGACAAUUGUAAUCCUUCGCCCUGUCCUGGAAAAGGUAAUUGUAUGAUGAAGUCCGAAUAUAAUGAAGAUCUUGGUGGGAUGUACAAAAACCAGUGGAAUGUGUCUUGCAGCUGUCCCAAAUCAGGCUAUGUUUACAGAUUCGAUGUGAAACAAUGUGUGGAUGUCAAUGAGUGCUUUGUAUUCAUUAUAGAUCACUCGGAGUGUGUCAAUUUGGAAGGUUCUUAUAGCUGCGUGUGUCAGCUCGGAUACAUUCCGGCACGAAAUGCCUGCAAACCAGUGCAUCUCACAAGUGCGGUUUGGAGAGGACCAGCAUUCGGUGUUGCUACAAGAACAGCACUUCCGGGAUUAAUUUUAAUGAUUAUUAGUUCAGUACUAGCUUCCACUAGGAUCUGA